CUCCCAGGUAAAGAGUAGCGUGUGUGAGGUGAGAGCUAUCUUCCCGAGGGUCAGAUCCACAUUUAUCGACUGAUCUCCCAGACCGUACUUUUGGAGAUUUUUCCAGCAACAACAACAAAAAACGAUGAAGACUUCCUUCCUCCAGUUCCUACAGGAUCCUCACCUCGUCGCCAGUUUUCAGAGAUGCUGCGGGUUAUUUCUGCGAGUUGAAGACUGCCUUCCCGGCAACUGGAGCAACUCUCAUACCAACGCAACUGGGAAUCAGGGACCCGGGGAGAAAGGGAGUGUCAUCAGGAGCAGUGAAUGUACAAAUGGUAACCAGAGGCACCAGCUCAAUGGGUCACAUCAAUACCCUCAUGGACAGGAAAGCAAGGGCAGUCAUGGGGUGAGCGGAUGUGUAGUGAAGGAAAAGCCAGGAUAUGUGGUGAAGAAUUUCUUUCUCUACUACUUGUUCCGAUUUGCUGCUGCACUCGGUCAGGAAAUUUUUUACAUCACAUUCCUUCCAUUUACUUACUGGAAUUUUGAUCCGUUUGUUUCAAGGAGGCUGGUCGGUGUGUGGGCUAUUGUUAUGUACUUGGGGCAAGCCUCCAAAGACAUCAUUAAGUGGCCUCGUCCAUUAUCCCCACCAGUUGUAAAGUUGGAAACAAGAGUUGAUGCAGAGUAUGGUAUGCCCUCAACGCAUGCCAUGGCAGCAACGGCUAUCUCCUUUACAUUUCUAAUCGCUACAAUGCACAGGUACAAGUAUUCAGUUGCAUUAGGACUAAUGGCAUCUACGGUGCUAUCUGCGCUCGUCUCACUCAGCAGGCUCUACACAGGAAUGCACACUGUGCUGGAUGUGAUCUGCGGAAUCCUUGUUACUGCAGUGUUUAUGGUUCUUACAUAUCCUUUCUGGAACAUUAUAGACAAUUUCCAGUUAACCAGUCCUUUAACGCCCAUCAUUGCAAUAGUUAUACCCUUUUUCAUGAGUUACACCUAUCCAGCACUAGAUCAUUACAGCCCAACUAGAGGGGACACCACGAUUAUCCUGGGUGUUGCAUCGGGAUGUACAAUUGGCUUUUGGAUGAACUACCAGUAUGGUCGGACAUAUGAGCCUACAGGAUCUCUCCCAUUUGAACUACCCUCUGUAACACUGGAGAUUGUGUCACUAACCAUUGCACGCUUUCUUGUCGGAAUUAUUGUUCUUGUUGCUACUCGCCAAGUUGUAAAAACACUCACCCUCAAAGCAUUGUAUGCGUGGUUUAAUGUUGGAAAACAUGAUGUGGAAGCUAGGAAAAGACUGGAAAUUGAAGUACCAUAUAAAUUUGUAACGUAUUCAUCUAUUGGCUUCAAUGCAACAGCUGUAGUGCCUUUGCUGCAUCAAUUCCUUGAACUACUCUGAGAACAGCUAAUGAAUAGAGUUUUAGUGUAAUUUCUUGUGUAGUCUGAGAUGCAUUUAUGCAUUGAUGAAGACCUACUUGAAAGAAAUUUCUUGAACAGUCAUGACACAAGUUCUCAUUUAAAUAUUUGUGUGUAUGUAAAAUCAUUUCAUAGUUUAGUUGCUCUUCUAGUCUCCUGGUAAUUCCCCCAUUGUUAGCCAAGAGUAUGUGUGGGUGAUCUAUUCUCAAAGCAACAGUGUGAUGAAACAAUUAUUUAAAUGUGCAAAAGAGGCCAGAAAUCAUUGCUCUAGCAUUCCUUUCUCUGGCCUUUUAGUUUCCCAACUGUUGUAUGUUUGAGUUGCAAGACCACAGGAAUGAGCCCACACUCCAUCACUAUUCAGUGCUACAUACUGCUGCUCCAAUGCACUUCAGGACAGUGAGGAAAACCUUAUGACAGAUUUCCUCUUUAAAUAUACUGCAGUCAAGAAUGUUAAUGAACAUGAGCCAUUUUUUGGAGGUCAUUGGGUCAACGAUUUCUUUGCACUAGAAAAAAACACAUUUAAACCAACUUUUAAACUUUUUACUUCAAUUUCAACUUAAAAGCCAAUGGCUUUAUUUUUGCUAAGUAAUUAACUAUAUUGAAAAGUAUUUGAUCUUUUUAAAUAGAGCUUUAUUUAGUUGUUGGAUUCCAAUUUGAAUAAGUUAAUCUUUCCUCUGGAACAUAAAGUUCCAUAUGAUUAACUCAUGAUAUUGUACCAUUGGCACCUUUAUUGCAGUUCUUUAACAUACCAGUAGCUACAGAUAAUUUAGAUAGGUUACUUACAGUUUGGAAACAGGCCCUUCAGCCCAACAGGUCCACACCAACCUGCUGAAGCACAUCCACCCAGACCCAUUCCCCUACAUUGACCCCUGCACCUAACACUAAGGGCAAUUUAGCGUGGCCAAUUCACCUAACCUGCACAUUUUUGGACUGUGGGAGGAAACCGGAGCACCCAGAGGAAAUCCACGCAGACACGGGGAGAAUGUGCAAAUUCCACACAGUCAGUGAGGCAGGAAUUGAACCCGUGUCUCUGGCGCUGUGAGGCAGCAGUGCUAACCACCGUGCCGCCCACAAAUGUUCACAGUAUCCACCAAUGACACAUAGUGGCUGCAGUGGGCACCACCUACAAGAUGCACUGUUGUUACUCACUAAUGUUUCUUUAGCAAGUACCAACCUUCCAAAUCCACAACCUCCAGAACCUAGAAGAAAAAAAAGUACAUUCCCAUUAAAGUUGCACAUCCUGACUUGGAAAUAUACUGCGGUUUCUUCAUUGUUGCGGAUUACAAUCGAAGAACUCCUUACCCUGCAGCCCUUUGAGUAAACUUACUCAGAGUCCAGAAAUUCCAGAAAUGGAUUUACCUUCUCAGACACAUUUGGAGUAGGCAGUAAAUGUUGGUUAUCCCAGUUAUACUGAUAUUCCAUGGGACAAAUAAAAAUAAAGUCUUU